CUUGCUUGCCCCAUGACAGUGCAUCUAUCAAAUUUCCUUUCCCAAAGCCCAAUACAGCAGCGCCAACAUUGAUUACCAUACACAUCAUACACAUCAAACCAGUAUCAUCCUCAGCAAUGGAAUCCGCUGAUCAAACAAGUGGCCUCCCGUUCGAAAGACCCGAUCCCAUUGGGUCCAGAACGGCCGGCACUGCUGCGGAGUCGUUUAACCUAGGGGCCCCUGCAGUUGUUAACCCGAACCAGGAGCAGAAAAACGCUUCAAUACAUGACGUCGCGACCUCUUUCUCAACAAAGGGCAACUCUAGUGGUGCACAAACCCUCCAUUCAAGCUUGCACAAAUCGGAUCGUGUCUCGGAUGCCCAAAGCAUAGGCCAGGAAAAUCAUCGAAUCCGCCCCUCAAGCGGUGUGCCUAGAAGAUUCAGCGUGAGCACAGCCGCAAGCUCCGUUGGCGAAAUCGAACCUUCAUUACCAAAAUUAGGCAGAAUCGGUGUUUGUGCCCUGGAUGUCAAGGCUCGCAGCAAGCCCAGUCAAAAUAUCCUGACUCGACUCCAAGCUAAGGGUGGCUUCGAAGUAAUUGUCUUCGGUGACAAGGUUAUUCUUGACGAGGAUGUAGAGAAUUGGCCAGUAUGCGAAUACCUAAUAGCAUUCUUCUCUGACGGGUUUCCUUUGGACAAAGCUAUUGCAUACGCAAGACUUCGCAAACCUUUCUGUGUCAAUGAUCUGCCUAUGCAAAAGGUACUAUGGGACCGGCGCUUAUGUCUCAGAAUACUAGAUCACAUGGGUGUACCCUCCCCCAAGCGGAUGGAGGUCAACCGAGAUGGUGGACCCAUACUGGAAUCCGCUGAACUCGCCCAGCAUGUAUAUAGGAUGACCGGGGUCAAACUGGAAGGCCCCAGCGACGGCACUGGAGGAGGGGCUUCCCGAUCGAUGAACGUGACAAUGUCUGAAGAUGGUGAUUCUCUGAUCGUCGACGGCAAAGUCCUCAAGAAACCGUUCGUUGAGAAGCCAGUAAAUGGUGAAGACCACAAUAUUCACAUAUACUUUCCAAACGACCAACAAUAUGGAGGUGGUGGCAGGAGACUCUUCCGCAAAGUUGGAAACAAAAGCUCUGAAUAUGAUCCCAACCUUAUUGUUCCUAGGUCGAUCACGGAAGACGACACUAGCUACAUAUACGAGCAAUUUCUGAGGGUUGAUAAUUCCGAGGAUGUCAAGGCCUAUACGGUUGGACCCGAUUUCUGUCAUGCAGAAACCCGGAAGUCUCCUGUGGUUGACGGGCUUGUUCGUCGCAACACGCAUGGAAAAGAAAUCCGAUACAUUACAAAGCUGAGCAAGGAAGAAGCAUCCAUCGCAUCGAAGAUAUCUAAUGGAUUCGGCCAGAGGAUCUGCGGUUUUGACAUGCUCCGUGUUGGCGAGAAAAGCUAUGUGAUUGAUGUGAAUGGCUGGAGUUUUGUCAAAGAUAAUAACGACUAUUACGACAAAUGCGCCAGCAUCUUAAGAGAAACUUUCCUGAAUGAGAAGCGCCGAUGUGAAGGAGUAUCGGAGCCUUCUGAUUCCCUGCCUCAGGAAUCUGGUCACAGCUGGAGGCAUUCUCUAUCGCACAAGAAUACGUUGAAGACUUUACUGAAAUCCCCAAGCUCAUCUAAGCUUCAGGGACCUCAACAAAGCCUCAACAGCUCCGAAACGGGCUCGUCGGAGUCGAUCGUAAACCGACCGAUCACAUCACCAUCGGGCGAGAGCCUGGACAAUGGAAACUCCCACAAAAGCCCUGCCGCGAAGGAGAAAAAUACAACGAUAAAGGCCUAUGACCCGCAGACCUUGAAAUCUUCUAUAGUAUCGGUGGAUUCUUCCGUCGAUGGCUGUCCUCCUCCACCUCCCGCUUCCAAGCAUUCCUGGAAACUGAAGGGCAUGGUCGCGGUCAUUAGACACGCUGAUCGCACACCGAAGCAGAAAUUCAAAUUCACUUUUCACAGUCAGCCUUUCAUCGACUUGCUUAAGGGCCAUCAAGAAGAGGUGGUCAUAAAAGGCGAGGCAGCCUUAGCUCGUGUUUCAGAAGCCGUGAGAGUCGCUCUGAAAGAGGGGCUUGAAGACUCGGAUAAGCUGAAACUGCUUCGAACAUCGUUGGAAAAGAAGGGCGGUUGGCCAGGAACGAAGGUUCAAAUCAAGCCAAUGUUUCGUAAAAGAAAGCCCGAAGAGUUGAGAGGACAGUCCCCAUCUGAUCUAUCCAUGACAUCGUCUGCUAGGAAGUCUCAAGACGAAGCCUCCCAGGCCAGUUGCCACGGUCCGACUCAGGCUGAAGAAAGAACUGGCCGCCCCCAAACGCGAAGUGAUUCUAUCUCCGGCGCCACCUUCUCAAGGUUUUCUGCCGCAGAAAAUGAUCUUGUUUUGGAUAAACUUCAGCUCGUCAUCAAGUGGGGAGGCGAACCGACACAUGCUGCACGCUAUCAAUCUCAAGAUCUGGGGCUCAACAUGCGUGAUGAUCUGAAAUUAAUGAACAAAGAGGCACUGAACAAUGUCCGGAUUUUCACCAGUUCCGAGAGAAGAGUGAGCACUAGUGCUCAAAUUUGGGCCUCCGCUUUCCUCGAUCAGAAAGAACUACCCGAAAAUUUCAUACAAGUACGAAAGGACCUUCUAGAUGACUCCAACGCCGCGAAAGAUCUCAUGGACAAGGUCAAGAAAAAACUUAAACUCCUUUUGCGCGAAGGAUCGGCGCCCUCCCAAUUUACUUGGCCCAAAGACAAUAUCCCGGAGCCAUCAGUGGUUCUAGCAACUGUUGUCGAGUUGAUGAAAUACCAUCGAGAUGUUAUGAGGCAUAAUUUUCGGAUGAUUCAAAACUUGUCACCGAAUUCGUCGACAUCAGCCUCCCCUGGUCAUCAUGACAUUGACCGCUCCUGCAGACCAGCUGCCCAUUACGAAAACCCUGCCUUGGCUUCCAUUCAAGGACGAUGGUGUACGGGAGAAGACCCAAUGCUCUUCAAGGAAAGGUGGGAAAAACUGUUCGCCGAGUUCUGCGAUACAGAGAAGGUCGACCCCAGCAAGCUUUCUGAGCUCUAUGAUAGCAUGAAAUUCGAUGCCCUGCACAAUCGACAAUUUUUGGAAUGGGUGUUCAUGCCUCCCGAUAGUGAUGACAGUGAGGACGAGAGAAGUGUUCACAGCUGGAAGAAGGUCACACGAGAUGACCUGAUCGGAGAUUCCAAACCAAACAACGACUGUGCAUUCGAGAAAAAUGACGAACUGGCCGAUUCCUCAUCUUUUGCUCAUCGCUUCGGGUGGAAAAAGCGAAUGCGCGCCUUCGAAUGCGCCUUCGAAUCAAUGCCGCACUUUAGAGGACUCGAUGACACGUACGAUCAUUACUUCAAAUUGUAUCCUGGCUCCAGCCCUUCGAAGUCUAAAAUGGAUGGAAGACUUUCGAAGCUGAGAGAACUAUACAAGCUCGCCAAGGUUCUUUUUGACUAUGUGACUCCACAGGAAUAUGGGAUCACGGAUACGGAAAAGCUUGAAAUCGGCUUGCUCACAUCAUUGCCGCUCUUACAGGGAAUUGUGCGAGAUCUAGAAGAGGUUCAGGCAUCCUCUGAUGCCAAAUCUUUCUUCUACUUUACCAAGGAGUCUCAUAUCUACACACUGCUGAACUGUAUCUUGGAAGGAGGGAUUCAAACCAAGAUAGCCAGGACAGCUAUACCCGAGCUGGACUAUCUUUCUCAGAUCUGCUUCGAACUUUAUGAAGCUAAGGACUGCGAAUCGUCAACUAACUCCUACUCUAUCCGCAUAUCUAUCAGCCCUGGAUGUCAUGCUUUUGACCCACUGGACGUACAACUUGAUUCUAGACAUGCUAUUGGCUGUGCUCCUAGAAGAAGCCUGACACCUCACCAGGAUUGGAAAGAGGUCAUUGAAACAUUAAAGGCGAAGUUUGAUACUGUCAGCUUGCCGAAGACGUUUAUUGCUGUGAAUCUGAGUGACAAACAUGUUCCCGCUCGAGAGUCUUCACCUACAGACUUGAGCAGUAUUUAGUUCAAAGCAAUUUCAAGACUCGGCGACAAGGCAUAAAUGCUUGAUGCUUGAAUAUUUAUGUACUUUUGAGUCCUCAUGCUGCUGAUUUGGUACAAGUGAUAUGUUAGAAUGUUAAAUUGCAUGUGCCAUGUACAGUAGUGAAUUCGAAGGGCUAGAUAGCCU